AUGGAAGAUGCAACCUUCAUAUACCUAUUCUUCCCCGCUGGGGUCCAACGAAUCAUUGCUACGGGCUCCACAAGCUACGUAGGCAUUAUUGACCAGGAUACCGUUCUAAAGUAUCCGCAUGAACAACACGAUCAACGCGGCCUAAAGGUGGAGGCUGCAAUUCUCGGUGUACUCGGCUCUCACCCACGGAUAAUUAAGUUGAAAGGGUGGGAUAAAGAAGGCCUUAGGCUAGAAUAUGCCCGUCAGGCGGCGGAAGCCGUGGCAUACGCCCACACUAAGGAUGUCCUUCACUGCGAUAUCAGGUUAGGAAACCUGCUUCUCGACAAAAGUUUCGAUAUCAAACUUUGCGACUUCCAAGGCAUUUAUCGAACUGUUAGAGGAGUUCGAAUUGUUGAAAGAGGAUAUUCAUCCCAGACAUUCUUUUAA